AUGAAGCUCUCGGUCGCGCAUGAAAAGCCCCUGCUCCCCGCCGAGGCCCCAGCCAACGCGGCGCCGAACGCCUGUGCAGAAACGCCGUCGCCCAUCGCCUUGCCGAAGCUCACCCCCGGUAAAGAUGAACCGGGCCCAAGCUGCUCCGCGCCUGCAAAGGAUUCGAGGAUGCAGUACGCGCGCGAUCGCCUCGGUCUCUUGCUCGUCAGCCCAAACGUCAAACCACAAGCUUGGACAUCAUCGCCCUCCUUGCCGGACAUUGCUGAGCCGGCGCCGGCGCCGCCAAAACGAAGCCGCCGAAAAGAAGACGUUCGCUGCGAUGCCCUAGGCGACAAUUUCAUGGUUUAUGCUCCACCGCAGGAAGACUCCCUCUACAGCACUCUACGAUCCGCCGUCAAGGGACAACCCGAUAUCGACUAUAGAGCGAGUCCCGUGCAGAUCCGACUCAAGACGAAACAGCCGAGUAGCGAGGAUCUGGCGUCGCUGGCCAAAACCGAUAUCCACGCAUUGCCAGCGCCGACAUCUCGAUGUUGGCCACCGAUGCCUGGCCACGCAUCAGUGUCCCGUGCUAAAUUGCGGCCCAACGUUUCCACGCCGCAGCGAUUGAACGCGUUGGUGCGCGAGAUGAAGCAGGUGAAACAGCAGUGGAUGGCGUGGGCACGGUUGACGAAUCGGCGGAAUCGACGAAGCAACUGGUUGCUGAGGGCGAUAUGCACACAUACAGAAGAGCAGCCCCCGCUCCCACCAGAUUCA